AUGCUGCACAGCAGGAGCUGGAGGGAGAACGCCGGAAGAUACGUUCUGUGCAGACCGACUCUGACGCGCAGGUGGCACAGCUCAAGUUGUCUCUGGAGGCGGAGAGGGGGAAAGUCGAUGAUCUUAGUCGAAACUUGGAUGAGGAACGACAAGCUAUAACUCGAUUGAGGACAACGCUUGAGUCAGAGAGAACAAAUCACAAAGAGGCCACCAGUCAGGACCGAGGUAUGAUCGAGGACAUGGAGGCACGCCUGAGGUCAGAGCAGGAUAAGGUGGAGGACCUCCAUCGCUCGCUGUCCCGAGAAAGGCAGAAGCUGGCAAGCGUGAGCGAGAUGCUGGAGACGGAGCGGGAGAAUGUGAGGCAGACAUUGGAGCAUGAGAGAGCCGUGAACCGACAGCUGAAAAGGGAUGCUGAUGAUUUACAGGUUGAGAAGACAGAGCUGAAACGACAAGUCGAGUUUGAGAACGAGACAAUAAAGACGUUCCAGAACCAGAUGGAGCAGCUCCAUGAGGAGGUGAAAGUCCUCAAACAGCGGGAGAACGAGAACCUGAUGCGCACAGACGGACAACAGGCAGCGUCACGCAAAACUGUCCGAGAUUUAGAACGGGAGAGGGAUGAACUGAAGAUUAAAUUGCAUGAGCUGGAGCUGGAGACUGACCGGCUGACGGACAAGGUGCAGGAUACCCAGCUGCAGCUGGACGAUGUCUGCAGCAAAGAGCUCCAGACCAAGCACGAGCUGGACAGACUGAGACUCACUACAACAACUCACCACACCACAGACCACAGUGAAAGGGCGUCAGCUGCAGCAGCCAAUGUCAGGAGCAGUGUGGAUGGCCCCCAGACAUUGAGGCAAGACAAUGUGGAUAACCUGAUACAACGACUGGAGUUCCUGGCCCUGCGCAUGCAAGAUGAUGCCAACUUGACCCCACGCCGCCGCCACGGAGGUGAUGAAGUGGACGCCGGUGUGGAUACGACAUCAAACUAUGUGGUGGACAUCCAGGAAGUCCUGGCGGACAUGAAACAGUUGCAGCAGCCACUAGAGACAAGCGAGGUCCGAGCCAGUGCUUCAGCUGGUCAGCUGGCCAAUGAGCGGAUAGUGCAGCACAAUGCAGAGUUGACACUGUUCCUCAAGCGGGUGUGUCAGGAGAAGGAAGAGCUCCGAGUGACUCUGGAUGCCAUGGAAGAGGAUGUAGCUCGGCUGCAGAGACAGGGCAGACAAACACAGGUGAGGAGGAAUGAGGAGGUGGAGGAGGAUCGGUACCUCCAGGACCGGAUGUCCUGGGCUAGCGAGAGGUUGUCCUUGCAGAUGUCCUUGGACACCGCCGAGCGGGAGGUGGGGAGACUGCAGUCCGAGAUUCGUCUAUUCAGAAGUCAGCUGGACUCCGAGGGAUAUCUCACAGAAGCAGAUAGAGACAAGAUGCAGCGACUGUAUGGCAAGUUCCUGAGGUCAGAGAGUUUCCGCAAGGCUCUGGUGUAUCAGAAGCGCUACCUGCUGAUGUUGCUUGGUGGGUACCAGGACUGCGAGCAGGAGACAUUGAUGCUGAUAGCGCAGAUGGGCGGCUACCCCUCCGACAUCGACGCACGGCGCCGCAGCAGACACACCCGCUUUUUCAGCCUCUUCCGGAGUGCUGCCCGUGUCAUCAUCGCUAUAGCAAGAAUGAAGUUCAUGGUCCGCAAGUGGCGACGUGCAAUCAGAGUUGGCUCCCCUGUUGUGAGUGGGCGAACAUGGCGUGUCAACAUGAAUGUCGGUUACACAUCGUCGACGUACACAUCACCCCAGCCAGCAGCUUCUCCGCGGUACUUCCCAUCAAUGUCCAGAAUUCCUGAUCUGCCGAGAUCAUCAGCCUCCGAGCCCCUCUUGGUGUUAAAUGGAGAUAUAGCUAACCCGUACCGACAGUCCUCCAGUGCGGGAACUGCAAGACGCCAGUUUACAACACCGCCCACUAAAGAUACCAGUGCUAGUCAGACUACUUAUGACAGAUCUCCUUCCUCCAGUGCUAGAAGACGUCUGCUUCAAAAUAAUACCAGUGUUACCUUAAGCACAUAUCGGAGUCAUCCCAUGACACGGGCUACGACUGCAGACGAAUCGACAGACGACUUCCUUCACCGAUUAGAGAAUCUUCAAACCCGCCUUGGAAGUUACAACAGUGGUUCCAGUCCAAGCAGAACAACUGCAUGGAGAUAACAGCAUGACAACAUCCAACAAGACUUUAUUGGAAGAAAUGUGAGACUUUAAUGGCAGGUGAAAUAUUCAGCCAAACCAGACCCUUCCCGAAAUGCGUCCUCGCUGCAGGUAUUCUGUGGACCACACUUCUUCCCUCUGUGUCAUUGUUAUUAAGAUGAGUGCUGAAAUUCAGGAGCUAUUACUACAAAUGACUGUAAAACUGAAGUUGGUUUGAUAAAAUCAGACACAGUUUUACAGUGAGAAAUAUAAUGUGUUAAUGAUGUCAGUUACAUUGCUAUGAUCAAGACAGCUGUAGCUGAGUGGAGUUAAUCCACACACAAUGUUAAUCAAAUGUAUUUCAAACAUUCAUUCAGGGUGUAUUUGUUAUGGUUUUGUCGACUACAAAUCAACAUUAAGGAUGUUUAAGAUUUUCACUGAUUCACUUUGAGCUGAGUUUUAAGUGGAAGGUUUUAGGUCUGAAAAGAUUUACAAAUUUCAUUUUAAGUAUCCGAUUCGUGUGUUUAACUGAUGUUUAAAGUGUUAAACUCUUGAUUUCAUGUACAAUGUACUUGUACCAUUCUAUUCUUAACAUGUUCUGCAUCUUACUGGAAGUGAGGUGCUGUCAUCAGGAAACUGGUUUUACUUGUGUAUGUUUAGACAGAUUCGGCAACUUACAACUCACACCUGUUUUUAGCACUGAAGAAAUGUUGGAAAGAUGCAAAUAUUUAUAUUUCAUAAUCUUUGCUGUAUUUUUCAUAAUGAAUACCAUAGUCUUCUGUUGAUGUCCUUGUAAAAAUAUGUAUUUUAAUUUAUUUUUGUUGAUAAGUAGUAAUGCAUUUGUAUGUCGUGUUCGGUGACAAGUGUUCCACAGUUUCCUGAGAGACAUUUUUAGUUGGAAAUCUCCUCUUAAGGACGUCCAUGUUUGUUUGUGCCAAAAACAGUGAAUGGAGGCCAAAAUAUAGAGCAUUUCAGAUUGGGUUGAUAUUUUUAGAAUUUUGGAUAUGGAUAUUUUUGUAGUUGGACAUAGCAGUCACUUACACCAGUAGUCACCAGUAGAAGUACUACAGGUAAAUACUGGAACUUCUGGCCUGACACCAGUCAGUCUCUGUGACAUGGCCAGGGCCCCAGGUAACUCACAGUACGAUUAUAGAUAAACAUCUGGUAUUGAAGUGAAGCAGCUGUAAGUAAAUGAAACAACUGUAACAUUCUAGGAAAGCACCUGUAAGGUUUAUGCAUGUUUAAGUGUUAAUGACAGACUCUGUUUUGUCUUUUUAUAAAAAAAUGUAUUCAGUUUCAGGCUUAUAUCAAGACCUAUUUUCUAAGUGGAUCUGAAUUGAACACUGUCUUGGUGGAAUAUAAGUCCAACCGUAUGUGGAUUAUUGAUCCAAGUGGAAGCUACGAGAAAAGAUAUGUUUUAGUGAAUGCCCUAAAGUGUCAAUAGCCUAAUGUAUACUGUAAUCUGCCUGGAAACUGUUGAUUCUGUUGAUUUUGAUUUACAUAUGUAUUUAGCUGUUGUUUAGAAAUAGGGAAACGUGCCACUGCAAUAACUAUCCCAAGGCAUGCUUCACAUAGUUUCAGUAAUAAAUAUCUUUGUACUGAAUAUUAGGAGUUUCAGAUGAUAUUCAGGAGUAGCUUGUAACUUCCUUCCAAUAUAAAAGGAAUUUCAGCUGCUUUUAGUGAUAAUUGACAAUGUAUAUGUCAUUUUCAUCACAAGAACACUGUAUUCACAACUUCAGUCCAAUCCGUCGCACUACUUUCUGUGAUAUGUGUUAUAUGCCCACUGUAACUUGUAUUCAUCCGCCAUAGCUUCUAAUUCACUGGAGGACCUGUUUCUCGCCUGUGAGAUGGCAUUUCUUGUAUAGUGCAUAAAAUGCCGAUUAAAUAAACUAUUAUUUUCACAGUUA